GGGUUUCUUCUUGGGACGGCCCGGUUCCUCCCGGCUGGGAAGAGAGAAGCGGAGCAGAGGUUCUGUGGGGGACCGAGCCGGGGGAGGAAAGGAGGGAAGGAGGAAAGGCCCGGCGCGCGGCUCGUGGGAGGGGAAGCCCCGGAGAGGCCGGGGCCCGGAGGCCGCGCCAUGCUCGGGGCCCGGUGCCUGCUCGCCGCCCGGCGCUCCUGCUCCACCGCCUCCCUCCCGAGGCCCAGAGCCUCCGUCCGGCUGAGCGUGCGGGACGCCCUCCGGUCCCACGGCGCCAGCGGGGAGCGCGUGAAGGUCCAGGGAUGGGUUCGUUCAACACGGUCCCACAAGGAAGUCUUGUUCCUACAUAUAAAUGACGGAUCUUCUUUGGAAAGCCUGCAAGUUGUUGCUGAUCCGAGCUCUGACAAUAGAGAAUUGACUUUUGGGAGUUCUGUGCAAGUCCAGGGGCAGCUAGUGAAAAGUCCAGCCAAAAGACAAAAUGUGGAAUUGAAAGCAGAAAAAAUUGAAGUUAUUGGAAAUUGUGAUGCCAAGGCAUUUCCUAUCAAAUAUAAAGAGAGGCACCUGGAGUACUUGAGACAAUAUCCUCACCUUAGGUGUAGGACUAAUGUGCUGGGUUCAAUAUUGAGGAUUCGCAGUGAAGCCACAGCUGCUAUUCAUUCCUUCUUUAAGGACAGUGGCUUUGUGCACAUUCAUACUCCAAUAAUCACAUCCAAUGACUGCGAGGGAGCUGGAGAGCUUUUCCAUGUUGAGCCUUUAAGCAAAACAAAUCAACCUGAGGAGAAGUUCUUCAACGUUCCUGCUUUCUUAACUGUCUCAGGACAGCUUCAUCUAGAAGUGAUGUCAGGAGCUUUUGCUCAAGUGUUUACUUUCGGUCCAACAUUUCGAGCUGAGAAUUCACAGAGCCGGAGACACCUGGCAGAAUUUUAUAUGGUGGAAGCAGAGAUUUCUUUUGUUGAGACCCUUCAAGAGCUCAUGCAGGUUAUGGAGGAACUCUUCAAGGCUACAACAACAAUGAUUCUUUCAAAUUGUCCCGAAGAUGUUGAACUCUGUCACAAAUACAUAGCUCCUGGCCAAAAGGACAGAUUAGAACACAUGCUAAAAAACAACUUCUUAAUCAUUUCUUAUACAGAAGCAGUAGAGAUCUUAAAGCAAGCAUCCCAUAACUUCACCUUCACUCCCGAGUGGGGGGCUGAUCUACAAACUGAACAUGAGAAAUACCUAGUCCAGCACUGUGGCAACAUACCUGUCUUCAUCAUUAAUUACCCACUGGCACUCAAGCCUUUCUACAUGAGGGAUAAUGAAGAUGGCCCCCAGCACACAGUUGCUGCUGUUGAUCUUCUGGUUCCUGGAGUAGGGGAGCUCUUUGGAGGCAGCCUCAGGGAGGAACGGUACCAUUUCUUAGAGCAGCAACUGGCCAGAUCAGGACUUACAGAAGCCUACCAAUGGUAUCUGGACCUUCGUCGGUUUGGAUCUGUCCCACAUGGAGGUUUUGGGAUGGGAUUUGAACGCUACUUACAGUGCAUCUUGGGAAUUGCCAAUAUCAAAGAUGUUAUCCCUUUUCCAAGAUUUACUCAUUCCUGUCUUUUAUAGCUAAAAGCUUGGUUCAGGAGAAGUUCCCUGUGGCAAAGACCCUGCAUCAGAAUACACAUAUGAUUGCGCUAUAGAAAUGUUGGUUUCAAUAAUUAUUGUUCUGUAUGAAAAUUAGAGAGAAUCCUGCCUUUUUUAAGAAGUUGAAAGCAUUUCAUCAAAGAAUUAACUCCCCCAGAAGAGGGACUUCUAGGAAGUGGACAUUCAAGUCUUUUGCCCCAAUUAAGAAAAAGAUGUAGUUGGGCCUAUAGUCCAAGCCACUCCAGAAGCUGAGACAGAAGAAUCAUUUGAGCCUAGGAGUUCAAGGACAUCCUGGACAACACAGUCCCAUCUCAAGAAAGAAGAAGGAAGGAAGGAAGGAAAACAUUGACCUAAAUAGCCUCAAAAGUCUUCAAAUUGGAACAAGAUGAGAUAAUGUUUUGACUUUGUCUUUAAUCAGUAGAUCACUCACCUGUAUAGCUUUUGAGAAAUAACCAGCAGCUCAAAAUAAAACAUUGUUUGCUCUUU